AGGUGCCAUAGUCAGACAUCCUCCUCAUCCUCUUCAGUGGCUCGACCCGCUGUGAGAUCAGCAUCUCUUUGGGCUUCAUCCUUCUUCCUGCACUGACGAGACACAGCCAGCAACGCCUGAGGUCACUCCGACACUUCUCCACCCACUAGAAUCCCACCCGGCGUCCGGCGACCAUCUUGAGGUCAGCUCGUCCAACCUUAGCGAGGAGCUCCACGACGACCCGGGCAUCUCCAGCAUGGCGGACCCCGCGGCAGACGACAGCAAGUUCCUGUUCCUGCAGAACGACUUCCGCAACAGCGGCGUGGCGCAGGCGGACUGGACGGCCAAGAAAAUGGUGUGGGUGCCGUCAGAGAGGGAGGGCUUCGAGGCGGCCAGCAUCAAGGAGGAGAAGGGCGAUGAGGUCCUGGUGGAGCUGUCCAAUGGUCGUAAGGCCACAGUGAACAAGGAGGACAUCCAGAAGAUGAAUCCACCCAAGUUCAGCAAGGUGGAGGACAUGGCUGCCCUCACCUUCCUGAACGAGGCCUCCGUCCUCCAAAACCUACGCGAGAGAUACUUCUCCAGCCUCAUCUACACGUACUCGGGUCUCUUCUGUGUGGUGGUCAACCCUUACAAGAUGCUGCCCAUCUACUCAGAGAAGAUCGUCGAGAUGUACAAGGGCAGGAAGCGUCACGAGGUGCCGCCGCACAUCUACUCUAUCACCGACAACGCCUACAGGAACAUGAUGCAAGACCGCGAGGAUCAGUCCAUUCUCUGCACAGGAGAGUCUGGAGCCGGGAAGACGGAGAACACCAAGAAGGUGAUCCAGUACCUGGCCCUCGUCGCCUCCUCGCACAAAGGAAAGAAGGAAGCAAAUCCUGCACCUCAGCAACAGCAGCCACAACAACAAGCUGGAUCGCUGGCCUACGGGGAGCUGGAGAAGCAGCUACUGCAGGCGAACCCCGUCCUGGAGGCCUUCGGCAACGCCAAGACCAUCAAGAACGACAACUCCUCACGAUUUGGCAAGUUCAUCAAGCUCAACUUUGACGUGACCGGCUUCCUUGUCGGGGCAAACAUUGACACCUACCUUCUGGAGAAGUCUCGCUGUAUCCGGCAGGGCAACACGGAGAGAGCCUUCCACAUCUUCUACUACAUGGUGUCAGGAGCCAAAGACAAGAUCCGAGAGGAGCUGCUGCUGGAGGACUACAGCAGCUACCGUUUCCUGGUGGCUGGACACGUGGAGGUUUCCGGUCUACAGGACGACGAGCUCUUUGUUGAGACCCUGGAGGCCAUGGAGAUCAUGGGCUUCACAGAGGAGGAGAGAAUAGGGAUGUUAAAGGUGGUGUCCACUGUUCUCCAGCUGGGGAACAUUAAGUUUGAGAAGGAGAGAAGCAACGAGCAGGCCACCAUGCCAGACAACACGGCUGCCCAGAAGGUUUGUCACCUCCAAGGCAUCAACGUGACCGACUUCACCCGCGCUUUCCUGACCCCUCGAAUCAAAGUGGGCCGCGAGGUGGUGCAGAAGGCUCAGACCAAGCAGCAGGCGGAUUUCUCAGUGGAGGCUCUUGCUAAGGCCAUGUACGAGCGUCUGUUCCGCUGGAUCCUUGCCCGGGUCAACAAGACUCUGGACAAGAGCAAGAGACAAUCGUCUUCCUUCCUGGGAAUCUUGGACAUUGCUGGCUUUGAAAUUUUCGAGGACAACUCCUUUGAGCAGCUGUGUAUUAAUUACACCAACGAGCGUCUGCAGCAGCUCUUCAACCACACCAUGUUCGUCCUGGAGCAGGAGGAGUACAAGCGAGAGGGCAUUGACUGGAACUUCAUCGACUUUGGCCUGGAUCUGCAGCCGUGCAUCGAGCUCAUCGAGAGGCCGAACAACCCCCCGGGCAUCUUGGCCCUGCUGGACGAGGAGUGCUGGUUCCCCAAAGCCACGGACAACUCCUUUGUGGACAAGUUGCUGAACACCCACUCGGGUCACGUUAAAUUCUCCAAACCCAAACAGCACAAAGAUAAGAUGAUGUUCACUGUUCUGCACUAUGCCGGGAAGGUGGACUACAACGCAGCAAGCUGGCUGACAAAGAACAUGGACCCCCUGAACGACAACGUCACUUCUCUGCUCAGCAACUCGUCCAGCAACUUCAUCCAGGACCUCUGGAAGGACGGUCAGUCUUUAGACCUCUUCUUCGGAAGAGCUGACAUUUUAAAGAUUAGUUUUUGUUUGCCAGCGGACCGAGUGGUGGGCCUGGAGACCAUGGCCAAGAUGUCCGACAGCUCCAUGCCCACCUCCACCAAGUCCAAGAAGGGGAUGUUCCGCACGGUGGGCCAGCUGUACAAGGAGUCCCUGGGCAAGCUAAUGACCACGCUGAAUAACACGCAGCCUAACUUUGUGCGCUGCAUCAUCCCCAACCACGAGAAGAGGGCGGGCAAGAUGGAUGCCAACUUGGUGCUGGAGCAGCUCAGGUGCAACGGCGUCCUGGAGGGCAUCAGAAUCUGCAGACAGGGAUUCCCAAACCGCAUUGUGUUCCAGGAGUUCCGGCAGAGGUACGAGAUCCUGGCUGCCAACGCCAUCCCGAAAGGCUUCAUGGAUGGGAAGCAGGCGUGCUGCUUGAUGGUGAAGCACUUGGAUCUGGACACCAACCUGUAUCGCAUUGGCCAGAGUAAGAUGUUCUUCAGGACGGGGGUGCUGGCUCAGCUGGAGGAGGAGCGAGACAUCAAGCUCACUGUCGUCAUCAUCUCCUUCCAGGCGCAAGCGAGGGGCUUCCUGGCUCGCAAGGCUUUCAGCAAACGUCAGCAGCAGCUGAGCGCCAUGAAAGUGAUCCAGAGGAACUGUGCCUGCUACCUCAAACUGAAGAACUGGCAGUGGUGGAGGCUUUUCACCAAGGUAAAGCCCCUGCUGCAGGUGACCAGACAAGAGGAGGAAAUGGGCCAGAAGGACGAGGAACUCAAGGCAGCCAAAGAAGUGGCAGCCAAGAAGGAGGUUGAACUAAAGGAGGUCAUACAGAAACACACGCAGCUAAUGGAGGAACGAGCCCUGCUGGAGACAAAACUCCAAGCAGAGACGGAGCUAUACGCCGAGGCCGAGGAGAUGAGGGUGCGCCUGGAGGCCAAGAAGCAGGAGCUGGAGGAGGUUCUGCACGAGAUGGAGGUCAGGUUGGAGGAGGAGGAGGAGCGUGGCACCACCAUGCAGCAGGAGAGGAAGGACUUGGAGCACCAGCUUCAGUGUAUGGAGGCCCACCUGGUGGAAGAAGAAGAUGCUCGUCAAAAGCUGCAGCUGGAGAAGGUGGCCUUGGAGGGAAAGGUGAAAAAACUGGAGGAGGAUGUUCUCCUGAUGGAGGAUCAUAAUGACAAACUGCAGAAGGAAAGAAAGCUUCUGGAGGAGAGGAUGGCUGACUUAAACUCCAACCUGGCCGAGGAGGAAGAGAAGUCCAAAAACCUGACCAAACUGAAGAGCAAGCAUGAGUCUAUGAUCUCCGACUUGGAGGUACGUUUUAAGAAGGAAGAGAAGGGUCGUCUGGACAUGGAGAAGGCAAAGAGGAAGGUGGAGGCCGAGGUAGCUGAUCUCCACGAGCAGCUGGCCGACUUGCAGGCCCAACUCGCCGAGCUCCGAGCUCAGCUGGCUGCCAAGGAAGAGGAGCUGCAGGCCACGCAAGCCCGUUUGGACGAGGAGAGUAACCAACGGGGGGCGGCUGUGAAGAAGGUUCGAGAGCUAGAGGCCCUUCUCUCUGAGGUGCAGGAGGACCUGGAGGGAGAGAGAGCGGCUCGAGCAAAGGUGGAGUCGGCACGUCGGGACCUGGGGGAGGAGCUUAACGCCCUGCGGUCUGAGCUGGAGGACAGCCUGGACACAACUGCCGCCCAGCAGGAGCUUCGGGCGAAGCGUGAACAGGAGGUGGCCAUGUUGAAGAAAGCCAUGGAGGAGGAGGGGCGGAGUCAUGAGGCCCAAGUCCAAGAUCUAAGGCAGAAACACAGUCAGGCUGUGGAGGAGCUCUCUGAGCAGCUGGAGCAGGCCAAAAAAGUGAGAGCGGGUCUGGAGAAAGCCAAGCAGGCUCUGGAGAAGGAGUCUGCCGAUCUCAGUGCUGACCUUCGAUCCCUUGCCAGCACCAAGCAAGAUGUGGAGCACAAGAAGAAGAAGGUGGAGGGUCAGCUCAACGAUCUCAACUCACGCUUCAGCGAGAGCGAGCGGCAGAGGACCGAGCUGGGCGAGCGCGUCUCCAAGAUGACUGUGGAACUAGACAACCUGAGCAGUCUUCUGAAUGAGGCUGAGGGAAAGAACAUCAAGCUUAGUAAAGAUGUGUCUGGCCUGUCCUCGCAGCUGCAGGACACGCAGGAGCUGCUGUCAGAAGAGACACGUCAGAAGCUGAACGUGGCAGGACGUCUGCGUCAGAUGGAGGAGGACAACAUUGGUCUGGUGGAGCAGCUGGAGGAGGAGAGCGAGGCCAAGCAAGCCUUGGACAGGCAGGUGUCCAGCCUCAACGCACAGCUGUCGGACUGCAAGAAGAAGCUGGACGAGACUCUGGGCUGCGUGGAGAUGCUGGAGGAAGGAAAGAAACGUCUGCAGCGCGACCUGGAGGCAGCCAACAACGAGUACGAGGAGAAAACCUCGGCCUACGACAAGCUGGACAAGAGCCGCGGCCGACUGCAGCAGGAGCUGGAGGAUGUCCUUAUGGACCUGGACGGCCAGCGGCAGCUCGUCUCCAAUCUAGAGAAGAAGCAGAAGAAGUUUGAUCAGAUGCUGGCGGAGGAGCGAGCCGUGUCCUGUAAGUUUGCAGAGGAGCGAGAUCGAGCGGAGGCCGAGGCGAGGGAGAAGGAGACCAAGGUAUUGGCUCUGUCAAGAGCACUGGAGGAGAACCGUGAUGCUCUGGAGGAGGCGGAGAAGACCACGAAAAGCCUCCGAGCUGAGAUGGAAGAUCUCAUCAGCUCCAAAGACGACGUGGGAAGAAGUGUACAUGACCUGGAGAAGGCAAAGCGUAGCCUGGAGGGCGUCAUGGAGGAGAUGAAGGCCCACAUGGAGGAGCUGGAGGAUGAGCUGCAGGUUGCUGAAGAUGCCAAGUUGCGCCUGGAGGUCAACAGUCAGGCCCUCAAAGCCCAGCAUGAAAGGGAACUGCAGGCCCGUGAGGAGAUGGGCGAGGAGAAAAGGAAGCAGCUCCUCAAGCAGGUGCGUGAGCUGGAGGCGGAGCUGGAGGAGGAGAAGAAGCAGCGAGGUCAGGCCUCUGGUGGCAAGAAGAAGCUGGAGGGAGAACUGAAAGACAUGGAGGACCAGUUGGAGGCCACCAACAGGGGGCGCGAUGAGGCUCUCAAGCAGCUGCGCAAAAUCCAGGGCCAGAUGAAGGAUGUCCAGCGAGAGCUGGAGGAUUCCCGCGCGGCCCAGAAGGACCUCCUGGCCUCGGCGAGAGAGACCGAGCGGAAAUCCAAGACUAUGGAGGCCGAACUCGUGCAGCUGCAUGAGAUGCUGGCGGCGGCUGAGCGCGCCCGAAAGCAGACGGAGGCAGAGCGAGACGAGCUGGCCGAGGAACUGGCUAGUAACUCCUCUGGAAAGAACAUGAUGUCUGACGAGAAACGUCGUCUGGACGCAAAGAUCCGCCAGCUGGAGGAGGAGCUGGAGGAAGAGCAGACCAACAGCGAGAGCCUGAAUGAGCGUCUGAGGAAGAGCCAGCAGCUGGUGGAGCAGCUGGGGGCGGAGCUGGCGGCGGAGAAGUUGGCGUCGCAGAGCAAGGAGGCGUCCAGGCAGCAGCUGGAGAAGCAGAACCGCGAGCUGAAGGCCAAGGUGCAGGAGAUGGAGGGUCAGGGACGCUCCAAGCUCAAGACCUCCGUCACCACCCUGGAGAACAAGCUGAAGGAGGCGGAGGAGCAGCUGGAGACGGAGAGCAGAGAGCGUCAGGCAGCCGGCAAGAAUCUGCGUCAGAAGGAGAAGAAGCUGAAGGACGUGAUGCUGCAGAUGGAGGACGAGAGGAAGCAGGCGCAGCAGUACAAAGACCAGGCUGAGAAGAGCGCCGUGCGCGUCAAGCAGCUGAAGCAUCAGUUGGAGGAGGCGGAGGAGGAGGCUCAGCGCGUGGUCGCCGCCCGCAGGAAGCUGCAGAGGGAACUGGACGAGGCGGUCGAGGCAAACGACGCCCUCAGCCGGGAGGUGACGUCGCUGAAGGGGAAACUGAGGCGCGGCGGGGAGGCAGGUUUUAGCGGCGCCAGUCCUCGCGGAAGCAGCAGCGGCAGUGGCGGAGGAGGAGGAGCCAUGAGGAGCUUGGGGCUGAUGGGAGGCAGCAUCAGCCGGAGGAGCGCCAUCGUGGAGAACUCGCUGGAGACCCCGGAGGAGGAGCCUCGCUCACCUUCUCCCCCUGCUAGCCCCCCGCCGGAGGCUUGCGAGGAGGUGAACGACUGCCCUCCUGACGAGUAGACACACAAUCCUCACUCGGCCAACCACACCAGGGGUGUCCAAACUUUUUCCACUAAGGGCCGAAAACUCCGAAAUUCAAGCAUCCGGCGGCCAUUUUGAUAUUUCUUAUUUUCAAAACCACUACAAUAUAUACAUUUUUUUAACCUUUUGGGCUCCCCUCAAGUUUUUUUUUGUUUUUAUUAUCCUUUUUACACAAUUCAAUCUCUUGAUCAACUUUAGGUCUAUCUUUCGGUUUAAGUUAAAAAAAGAAAAGUUUAUGUUUUAUGCCCUUUUUGUCAAAGGAAACCCUGUUUUCUGUGAAAAAACACAAAAUAUGCAAUAUUUUCCCUCUAAAAUAUUUAAAGUGUAAUAUUUAAUGUGAAGUCAUUUGGAGCCUUCAAUAGAUCCAUAAUUAAUAACAAAAUGGAUUGUAUUAAUUAUUAUUUUAUUAUUUUUUGAGCAAAAAAAAACCCCACUAAAAUCAUUGGUUAUCCAAAAAGGUCCCACUCAUAAAAGUGUGAAAAAUAAGUUCUAAAGUUUUACUUUUUACUUUCAAUCCUUAAAUCAAAUUCAGAUUUAUCCGUCGAAAAUAUUUUUUGUAUUUUAUGACCAAAUUAUAUACAUUUAUACAUAUAUAUAUGUCAAAUAUUUUAAAAAGUGUAAUAUUUCAUCUGAAGUCAUUUGGAGCCUUAAAUAGGUCAAUAAUUCAUAACUUUGAUUUUAUUCUUCUUUUUUUUUAGCAAUGACAGUUUUAUGACAAAAGCACAAAAUAUGUAAUAUUUUGCCCUCCAAUUUUUUUAAGUGGAAUUUCAGAGUCUUAAAUAGGUUAACAAUUCAUAACACCAUCGAUUUUUAUUAAUUGUUACUUUUUGAGCAAAGACAGUUUUCAAGGGAAAAAAAACACUAAAAUGAUUGGGUAUCCAAAAGGGUCCCACUCACAAACGGGUUCAAAAUGUUUUAAAAACAAUGUUUGUUUGAUUUUUGACAAAAACACAAAAUAUUCAAUAUUUUCCACAAAAGUGGAGUAUUUGAUGUAAAGUAAUUAGUCUUGAAUAGGUAAAUAAUUUAAAACAACAUUGAUUUUGAUUUAUUAAUAUUAUUUUUGGAGCAAUACCAGUUUUAAAGAGUGAUUGUGUUAUUAGAGUUAACAUCACAACUUUUCCUUGUUACAUUUCACCUGUUUGCCCUUUUAUUCCAUGUUUUUGUGUUUUGAUUUGGGUUUUUUUUUAAGUUAUAUUUUUAGAAUGUGCCGCUGGUCUUAAAAAAUUUAAAAUGUCCCCCGGCCCGCACUUUGGACACCCCUGCAUUAGAGGAUAAGAACACGUUGUUGCAUGUUUUAAAUAGUGCUGUGAAGUUAUUGCAAAUGUUAAUAAUCACGAUUAAAGCUGAUGUAUGUCACCGUUAAGAAGAAGCUUCCAUCGUCCUCUAUCAUGGAGACCGCGCCCUCUUCGCGGUUCUAACUGACGAUACGCGCUGUUUUACAUAACGUAACAUAACAUAUUCCAAGCCCCUUCCUGCUCUGUCACUGUGGCAACUCUCACCUUUACACGGCCACUGUCCCCUAUGGCAGUGGUUCUCAACCUUUUUUCAGUGAUGUACCCCCUGUGAACAUUUUUUUAAUGCAAGUACCCCCUAAUCAGACCAGAGCAUUUUUGGUUGAAAAAAAGAGAUAAAGAAGUAAAAUACAACACUAUGUUAUCAGUUUCUGAUUUAUUAAAUUGUAUAACAGUGCAAAAUAUUGCUCAUUUGUAGUGGUCUUUCUUGAACUAUUUGGAAAAAAUAUAUAAAAAUAACUAAAAACUUGUUGAAAAAUAAACAAGUGAUUCAAUUAUAAAUAAAGAUUUCUACACAUAGAAGUAAUCAUCAACUUAAAGUGCCCUCUUUGGGGAUUAAAAUAGAGAUCCAUAUGGAUUCAUGAACUUCAUUCUAAACAUUUAUUUACAAAAAAUAAAUCUUUAACAUCAAUAUUUAUGGAACAUGUCCACAAAAAAUCUAGCUGUCAACACUGAAUAAUGCAAUGUUGUAUUUUUUUCCCCACAGUUUAUGAACUUACAUUCAUAUUUUGUGGAAGUAUUAUUCAAAAAAUAUAUUUAUAAAGGAUUUUUGAAUUGUUGCUAUUUUUAGAAUAUUUUUUAAAAAAUCUCACGUACCCCUUGGCAUACCUUCAAGUACCCCCAGGGGUACGCGUACCCCCAUUUGAGAACUACUGCCCUAUGGUGCGCCAUUUUAUUUUGCAUUAAAAAAUAUAUAUUAUUGAACAGAAUAUUUGUUAUAGUACAAAACAUGCAUCACACCUUGAUUUAAAAAAAUAUACAAAAAAAAUGUUUUGUAUAUAAAUUUUGACAUUUUGUUUUAAUGAGGGGGCCUCCAGAGAAAAUUCUCAGGCCCCAAUUUAGCCAGGGACCCUCCCCACCUACAGUAUUCACACACAUUAUGCAAAAUAAUUGUUUUUUUUUUUUGUUAAAAAUGAAAAGCCCGUGCAAGAUAUUUUACUUGUAAUUGUAACAAAUACAGGAAAAUAUGUUUUUGUUUUUUUCUAAACAUGGUUUAAAAAGGUGAUUUAAAGCAGCUUUAAUCACGCGUGUGUGUGUGUGUGUGUGUGUGUGUGUGUGUGUGCGUGCGUGCGUGCGUGCGUGCGUGCGUGCGUGGGUGCGUGUGUGUGUGUGUGUGUGUGAUUAAUUACGAUGAAUCGUCUGUUUUCAUGAUAGUAGAUGCAGUGCUGACUCUCCAAAAGUGUCAUUAAGACACUGAAGUAUUUAUGGUCAAGGCUGAGUAUUGGUAGAAGUAAUACUUUAGACUUCUAUACAAAGUAUAUUUUGCAGUAUCUAUGAAUAAAAAUAUAUAAAUCAACUCACCGAUCUGGAAGAAAUUCCGAAUUAAAUUGUGUAAGAUUUAUCAACCUGCUACUUCUCUAUGAAAUUAGAGCAGACUUCGCGCGUUGCUGCUUUCUGUGGUGAGGCUCGGUACUGCUUGUGUUUUAUUUGGUGGCUAUUUGAAGACAAUGCAAACAAAGCCUUGAAGAAUAAAAUAACAUGUUGACUUUUUGGGCCCAGAUUGUGGAAGCAAAUUUCAAAAAGAACCACAGUAAGACACGGAUGUAUGUUUAGACAUACAGUAUGUACUUGCAAGGGAGUAGGUUUGAUUUUGAGAUUG